AUGACAAAGAGGAAGAAGGAGAAAGGUGGAAACAACGACAAUGAACUUUCCAACCAUAAUGAUGGCGUGGAAAAAGGGAUCGAAGCUAAUAAAAAAAAAUGGAAAAACAUGGCGGUUCGAACACUCUGGACUUUCGUCAUGAUUGGUGGUUUUUUCGCUUUUUUGUCUACGGGACAUUCAUUUGUCGUUAUUCUUGUGGUGAUCAUUCAAACGCUUGUAUAUAAAGAAGUUAUCGCUUUGGCACAUGUACCAAGUAAGGAAAAGAAAUUACCGUGGUUUAAAACUCUCAAUUGGUAUUUUCUGGGUGUCACUAAUUAUUUCCUAUACGGCGAAUCCAUAAUUUAUUAUUUCAAGAAGGCUGUUUUGGUGGAUGCUUUUCUCCUUCCUUUGGCUACGCAUCAUCGAUUCAUUUCAUUCACUCUAUAUUGUAUAGGAUUCGUAUUAUUUGUUGCAAAUCUUAAAAAAGGUCAUUACAAAUUUCAAUUCACCCAAUUCGCAUGGACACAUAUGACUUUACUGAUUGUCGUGUGUCAGAGUCAUUUCAUAGUUAACAAUAUAUUUGAAGGCUUAAUUUGGUUUUUACUCCCCGUAUCUUUGGUAAUCUGCAAUGACAUUUUUGCUUAUAUAUGUGGAUUCUUUUGGGGUAAAACUCCUUUGAUAAAAUUAAGUCCCAAAAAGACUCGGGAGGGGUUUGUAGGUGCUUGGAUUUGCACCGUUAUAUUUGGUUUCUUCGUGAGUAUGGGGUUCAUUAUUAAUGAGAUGGAGUUACAUGAUUUGUCCUGUUAG